CGUCAUGUGACUUCGGUUGGAAAAAGAUCAAACCGCAAAAAGCGCGAGGAUAUCGGCCUGUGGGGACGAUGAUUUCGACGCCGUCGUCACAACUGCUUAAACUUUGAUGCCAGAACUGGCUCUGCAAGUAGUACUUCAAAUUUUACUUUUUUGAAUCCCGACCAUAAAUGCCCUCCGCGACGCUUCUCACACGGACUGUGUCCACCUCUUGAAGAGGAAAAUAGAUUUAGCUUCAGCUAAGCACGACCGCUUUCGCGACGAUAGAAAAUUGGAUCCAGCACAUCAUCGAAGACGAAGAUCAGGGACUACCGUCGAACGCGAUUGCGAGCGGCACUAGCGGUGCUGGCGCGGCAGUUUUCAAACUGGAGCGCUAGCUUUGCCUGCGUUUCUGUUUCUGAGGCUGGUGCGUUCAGGCCCUCGUCCAGAUUGUCGAGGAGUCGUUCACGAGCGUCACUUCCGACAAUGAAGAGCAUAUUUACAUCGUCGCGAAGGCGCCAAGAGCGCCUCACGGAGCCGCAAACAGCACUACGCAAAGAGGAGCCACGUUCGAGUGCAGCAGCACCAAACAGCUAUGCUGCAGGUCUCGGUGCGGCGCCAAGUCGAGCAGAUAGUGGUGGGUAUUUGUUGCGGUUUUGCGGGUCUACGUGAUCUUCUAGAACUAGAUCGAGAGCAGCUGAGUUGAAGUCGUAAUACUAGGUAGUUCUCGAGGACGUCUGUGGUGAAAUAAGUAGUGAUAAAUAUGGAAAUAUCAGGACAAAAAUUCCCAUCACUUUGAAAGUUGCAAGAAGUGGCCAACAUGAAAAUGUUGCACGUUGUACAGAGUCCAGACGGCAUUGAAGAGUUUGAAGGCACGACAGCUGGAGCGAGAAGCAGGCAUCGGGAGAAGUAGCUCUAAGGAGCACAGACGACUCAUCAAUAGCAUGGACUCCUAUGCAGGGCAAUCGUCGGCAGGUGCUUUUGAUUCUCAAUUUUUGGCUAUCAUCGCUGCGUUGUUGUUGUAACCGUUAUUGUCAAUGAAUUUAAAUUAGCUUUAGCCGUGUCUCUGUAGUUGAUGUGCUGUACUACAUUUCCAAAAUCAAUUAGUCGUAGUCCUCCUCCUGAUGCAGAUGGAUCGCGUAGGUAUCUAUGCGUUUAUUUUUCUAUUUUCUGUUGCAUCUUCUACCUAGUAGGCACCCGUCUCCCGGGAGGAUCUUCCGCAGCAGCAGGCCUCACCACUGGCGGUUCAUCCUCGAGCACCUCGCGACACCUCCUUCCAGGGAAUAACCCGUCCUUGCCGCCAAUGCCGGACAGGCUGGGCGGCGAAACAAGGUCCUCCUUACUUUACCACAACAACAACAACAAUAACCCGAUCGAGCAGAGGGAGCGAGAGCUCUUCGACGUGGCGCCACCGACGCGCCUAUACAGCAGGGGAAACGAGACCAGCAAGCAGCUUUUAGACAUUCUGCAUGGUGGAGGUUCCUCAAAAGAACGGGCCGAACGACCUUCACAGUUGCAACAACCAAGUGUAGUGAAUCCGUAUAGCAGCAGCUCUCUAGCAGGCGCGGGCGGCGUUAGUAGUGGGAGUAGCAGUAUAUAUCAUGGUGGCACAACCGGCGCCGGAGGCGGGCGGACCGGAGCUGGUGGCAGUGCAUCGAGCAGCAGGUCUUCGCUUGGUGGAUCCAGAGGGGGCUCGGUAGACAUAGGCAUCGUCGAUCCACGCCGCAUAGUCGAUCCACAGCGAGCUGCGAGAGACUCAACAUCGGCUUUGUUACAGCAAUAUGUAUGGCUGACACGCAUCCUCGCGCUGUGUGAAGAUCAUGAGAUUAUUAAAAUCAUACCCAUAGAUACUUCUAGUUCUACUUAUCCAUUUCCUUCUGAUGCUGUAGUUCUAGUCCUUAUGUGGUGAUUGAAAUUUCGCUAUGUCUAUCAGAACUUUGUUUCUUCAGGAAUAGCCAGUCGUCGUAGUUGUUAUAGUAGCAAUAAUUUGUUAGGCUUAAUUCCAGGAACAAGAGGAAGAGAGUUUCUGCUUUCAUAAAGUACCAGUAGUGCAUCCUCCUCCAGUUUAGGUGCAAGGUAUGCGGAUCUUGAUCCAACCACGGAUAGCACGCGGUCGUCCAGCAGUCGCGGAGGCGGCACCAUGCUUGCAGCUUUAUGUAGCCCUCAAGAAGAACAAGAAGUUGCUAAAUAAUUGAUUAUAGUCCUUGCGGUAAUUACCACCGAUCAGAAGUGAGUGUGAUAGUCAGUGUUUGUCUUCUGAGUUGUCAGCUGGAGGCAGACACCUACUUACAAAAAGUAUUCCUGCUCGCAAUGGCAUAUGGAAUUCUUGUAGAGUAUCUAGUAUUAGUAUACAGAAUAUCUACCGCUAAUUCAAGCUGGUUCUACUUCUACAAAGCGCAGUAGCGGUUCGAGGGGCGGGUCUCGAGACGUCGACCCCUGGGAAAACGGCUGGACCCGGAAUGCGAUAGGCCUGAGAAACCUUGGAAACACUUGCUUUUUAAAUUCCAGCAUCCAGUGCCUACUGUCGAUUCCGCCACUGCAGGUUUUUUUUUAACUGCCUUGUGGCUUGUGCUAUCUGGUAUCUAUGACUUUUCAUUGUGAGUGAGUGAGUCAUCUGCGUAAACCUAUUCUUGCCUUCGUCCCACCAUGAUGUUUACAACAUCUGUCUCAAUGAUCAGGAUUUUUUCCGUUCUGCGUUUUCUGAGCGGGACCUAAACGAACGAAACGCGCCUUUGAAGGGAAAAUUAGCGCGAGAGUUCCACGCUCUCUUAGACGAAGCUAGGCGAGCGCGUAGUGGCGCUGUAUUAUCCCCUGCGGGGCUUCGGCAACUGAUCAUCCGCUAUGCUCCGCAAUUCUCAGGAUACUCACAACAGGACUCUCAUGAAGUUUUACGCUUCCUUUUAGACGGACUACAUGAGGACCUCAAUCGCGUUCGCACAAAGCCGAAAUAUCAAGAGAUGAAGGAUAUCAAAGGUACAAUUAGUAAUAAAUAGAAAUAGUAUGUAUAGAAUAUGUAAGAUCAUGAUCAAUCGCGAGCUGCAGAUGCAGUCGAAUUCUUCGUCGUAAUCUCCUAUAGAACGUCGUCGUCGUUCGUUGCUGAUAGUGAUAUCUUCAUCGUCAUCUUCACGCAUAUUUGUAAGUAUUGCUAAAGUCCUUAUGUAUAGGGUAUGAUUAUUGUACAUAAAGAACUACGUAUUCUUGUUCAAUUCGAAUCCAAUUUCAAUUUCAAGUUCCCACCUACAUACGAAUCAAUCAUGAUCUUUCAGGCGAGUCCGUAGAUUCUGCGGCAGCACGAUGGUGGGAUUAUAGUCAGAGUUGUGGAAAUUCUGUGAUAACCGACAUUUUUGGUGGGCAGCUCAUGAACGAGACAUACUGCGGCGCAUGUGGACAUAAAAGUUGGACCUUCGACGUUUUCUUUUAUGGCCGGACAAUGAUAAUGAUCAUGAUGGCUAUUGUAAAGAAUUUCGAUUCUGAUUCCGCAUCCGAUAUAUGAAAAAUGUUUAUAAUCAUGUGCAAGCAGGAAGCGGAUGCUGCUCCUUUUGUAAUAUCGCAUUUGCCUCGAUCACAAUUUUACAUCCCAAAAUCAAAAUCAGCGUGAACGGAACUACAUAUUAAAGUAUAAUCACUACGACUACCACUACAAGAACUACAGCACCGAUUUUUCUAAUUCCCAGACCUAUCGUUACCGAUUGCGUCGACCCGUAGCUGUGACGUCGUCGAUUGCUUCAGGCGGUUCACGGAGCGAGAACAAUUGGACGUCAACGACUAUAGGUGUGAAAACUGCAAGAAUAGCAGGAAAAUCAGCAAGCGGCUUUCAAUGUAUAAUUCUUAGCAGGUUGUUGACAUGUAGCAAAUUAUUCCGACUUGAUGAUCUAGUAUUUGAAUUUUGAGAUUGAUGCACUUACGUAGUUCUAGUUGUAACAAGUAAUAACUAUCUCCUCACCACAGGACCAGGAGGAGCUUCAUCUUUGAUCUGCCACCCAUAUUACUUACUCAUACUCGAACAUUAAUAUGCUUAUGACAUUGUAACUGGUCUUGUCGGUUCUGGUUGUACUUUUAGAAGUAGUACUUACUACAACAACACCCUCCAUUGACAGUUACAAGCCACCCCGCGUCCUAGUCGUCCAUCUGAAACGAUUUUCGCAUUCGCGUUUUUCCCGAGAGAAAUUGAGCACGGUGGUUCACUUUCCGACCCGAGGUCUUGACCUGUCGGACGUCGUUGAAGGUCGCAGUGGCGUAUACUACGACUUGGCCGCGGUCUCCCAGCACGCCGGAUCCAUGGGAGGGGGACACUACACUUUAUGUAAACGGCAGACUACGGCUACCUCUACGGUAUCUUUAGAGUACAGUUUGUCUGGAAAGGGACGACCCGACUCACAAACUUUUAUCACAUUUGAACUUUAAGAGGGUACAACUCGAACUCCAAGUCGAACUCGGGGUCACUCUGAGUUAGAGUCUCUUCCGGAAGAUACAUUUACAUGUCCUCACCAAAUUGUUAGUUUUCACCUCACCAAAGCUAGGCUUAUCCCGUGCAACAAUUUACAUGUCCUCGUACAAUACUGCUCUAAAUACAGCAGCAUGCAAACUCAGCGCGAGUGAGUGGGCCUGCUUCUCGGAUUCCACGUCCUCGCCGACUUCCGACCGGCAGCUAGAAGACGCUUCGGCUUACGUGCUUUUCUACGUGCGCAAAUGA